AUGUACCUUCCGCUGUGCGAGGGCAUCUUCUUCGAUAAGGGGAAGGUGCUGGCCGACAACCUUCUAGAUCUUGUACCCUACAUUGUUUCGUCCUUUAUCGAGAUGCCAGCCAGAACACGAAAGAGAAAGGCUUCAGAAGAGGACGAUGCGACGCCUGAAGUUAUUCCUGCAGCGAACAAGACAUCGAGAACGUCGAAGAGGUCUUCGAAGACCAAAACAUCCUCAAGGAAUGGACGAUCGAGGGCUACUGAAAACCCGGAUCCUGUGAGAGUGUCGAAAAGCAGCAAGUCAACAACUGCCACUGUGUCAAAUGCAAAGAGAGACAUUCGGAGAAAAGCAGACGAGCUGCUUUAUCGAAUAGAAACAAGAAGUGCCAACGAGGAAUUGUCUUGCAGAGUUGAAGACGGGCCCAGUAAUCUUGGAUCUGGUCCUACUGCCACUGAAUCGAAGACGACACCUCACCAGAAAGAUGUGAUCGACUUGGAGCAUGAUUCAAUCAGACAAAGUUCCAAUGCCAUAUAUCGACAAUCAUAUGAGCAUCUACAAGGCCUACAAGAGACUAUAGAAGAUUAUAGGCGAUUAAAUAAUGCAAAGGCCAAUCUGACAAAGCCCACUGAGGUUGAGCAGUGGAAUCACGACUCUACGAAUAUAGCACAAGUAAAUAAGAGAGCCUUGGAAAUCGCAAUUGAUGGAUUACAUGGUAACGUGCUUGGUGAGAAGAAUGCGAAUUUCCAUCGUUCGCCAGCACCUUCAGCCGACGACGAAGUUGACCAAGCUGCAAAGAGAUGGCUUCAGGCUGGGGUCCCGAUAAGGGAAGAUACCUGGGGAGACGCAGCAAGAGAAGUGCUCAGUGUGUUAUCCGGGAUUGCUAAGAUUUUGUCGUGA